GCGGACGAGGAGGAGUACUGGCACAGCUCCAAGUUCCGGGCCUUCACCUUCGACGACGAGGAUGAUGAGCUCUCACAGCUAAAGGAAUCCAAAAGGGCAGUGAAUAGCCUUCGGGAUAUCGUUGAUGAUGAUGAUGAUGAUGACCUUGAGAGGGUCAGCUGGAGUGGAGAACCUGUGGGAAGUAUCUCCUGGUCAAUCAAAGAGACAGCCUCCAGCAGCACUACCUCACUGGAGGGCCGAGACUCCAGCCUACAGAAGGGCUCUUCCUCCUAUGCUGCUUUUCCCAAACAAGCUUCCUCCUAUUCCCUAAGCAGCCUAUUCAAAGGACGAAGCAAACUUCCAAGUUUCCAGUCCCUUUCAGAUGCCCUCUCUGACAUCGGAGUUAAAAACUACGCCCCGGAGCUGCGCAGACCGAAAGCUGAGUACAAGGAUUACAGCAGUGAUUGGAGCCCCAGAGACAGCGUCAGGCGAAUGCAGAGGGGCAAGGUCUGCUCUCUAGAGAGAUUUCGCUCCCUGCAGGACAAGCUGGUGCUCUUGGAUGAAGCUGUGGCAGGGCAUGAUGGGAAUGUCAUUACAGCUGUCCUGAUAUUCCUAAAACGGACACUAAGGAGAGAGAUCUUGUUUCGGGAGCUGGAGGUGCGGCAGGUGGCCUUGUGUCAUCUGAUCCAUUUCCUCAAAGAGACGGGUGAGCAGAAGUUGCUUCUGGAUCUGCUCAGGUUCCUAGACAGGACUGAGGAAGUUGCUCUGUCCCAGUACCGGGAGCAUUUGAACAUCCAGGAUGUAGAAAAAAGGAGGGAAUUUCUGAAAGGCUGCAUUGGGCUGCCAUUUUCAGCUGAGGAUACCUCCCACAUCCAAGACCAUUAUACCUUGUUGGAGAGACAGAUCAUCAUUGAGGCCAAUGAUCGGCACUUGGAGACGGUUGGGCAGUCAGAGAUAUUUCGAAAAUAUCCUCGCAAAGCUUCAAUUCUCAACAUGCCACUAGUGACCACCCUCUUCUAUUCCUGUUUCUACCACUACACAGAGGCUGAGGGAACAUUCAGCAGCCCGACCAACCUGAAGAAAACAUUUAAGAUUCCUGACAAGCAGUAUGUGCUAACUGCCCUGGCUGCCCGUGCCAAGCUUCGAGCCUGGGAUGAUGUGGAUGCCCUCUUCACCACCAAGAACUGGCUGGGCUACACCAAGAAGAAGGCACCUAUUGGCUUCCACCGGGUGGUGGAGAUCUUGCAGAGGAACAAUGCUCCUGUGCAGGUGCUGCAGGAGUAUGUGCGCCUGGUGGAGGAUGUGGAGACACGGUUGAACCUUGCCACCAAAUACAAGUGCCAUGAUGUUGUCAUUGAGACGUACAGGGAUCUAAAGGAUCGCAUCCAGCUGACAGCAUAUAAAUGCAAGGUGGAACGAGGCUCUGCAGAAGAAGAGAAGAUAAACAGCAUUCUCAACAACAUGCAAAUCCGAUGGAAGAACUGAGCACCUGUGAAGCAGCCUGCUUGGCCGUUGCCUUGCCAGUGAAAGAGGAAACUGCAAAACACAGUCCAGUGCCAACAGAGCAACUCUGGUACUACUAACUUCAUGAUCAACGUUCGUCAGUGACAGUGGGUGCCCGUGGCUUGUGGGACAGUGGCAUUCAGGCUGGUUGAAGGCAGCUACUCCAAUGUAGCCAGCGAAACCAUGGUACUGAUCCACCAGGGUUGAUUCUUUUUGGAAUCUGAUUCUCUUUGACUUGACUGUAAGCCAGGCAUCGCUUUUGUUUACAGAGGGAAGUUGCUGGGCACAGCAAGGUUACAUUUCCGCUGGGUGGUGCCUGGGCUUAUUCUCACAAGAGGAACAGGUCAGUCAC